AUGAAGGCUGUAGGAUUUAUAGGAUUGGGCAACAUGGGUUUUAAUAUGGCAAAAAAUUUGUUAAAGUCCGGUUGUCAAUUGGUGGUACAUGAUAUCAAUGCUGAACCUAUGCAAAGGCUUAAGGUAGAAAUAGGAGCAAAAACGGCAAAAUAUCCAGCGGAAAUUGCUGAAGAGUGUUCUGAGGUAGUUAUGAUGGUAAAUGCUAAACGAGGGACCCUGUACAUCAGUUGCUCAACGUUACCGCCGACGUUUGAAAUUCAAACACAUGAAAUGCUAAAACAAAAACAAAUAGAAUACAUUGACGCUCCGGUAAGCGGCGGAGUUGUAGGUGCGGAAAAUGCUUCCUUAACAUUUAUGGUCGGAGGUCCCGAAAAAUCCAGAGAACGAGCUGAACCAAUCCUGAAAAAUAUGGGCAAGAAUGUUAUCAACUGUGGUAAAAUAGGUAGUGGUCAAGUGGCAAAGUUGUGUAAUAAUAUGAUUUUGGGCAUCCAAAUGUUGUCCGUUGCAGAAGGCAUAAACCUCGGUGUAAGAUUGGGAUUAGAUCCGGCAAUCUUGAGUUCUGUGCUUAACCAAAGCACUGGACGAUGUUUUUCUACUGAAGUAAAUAAUCCAGUACCUGACGUGAAUCCUAAUGCGCCAUCUUCGAGGAACUAUAGUGGUGGUUUCAAAUGCAGCCUGUUAGCAAAGGAUAUGAAAUUGGCUCAAGAAGCUGCUGCAGAAUCUUUGACACCGAUACCGCUUGGCUCAUUCACUUAUCAGAUUUAUAGAUAUUUGACGAAUUCGCCGAAAUACCGAGAUCUUGAUUUUUCAGCAAUCUAUAAAUUCUUGUGUGAUGAACCGUAA